AUGUACGCGCCCUUCUCUGGGCAAGUUAAGCGAACUGGUUUGCUCCUGGGCGGCAGCGAAAAUACCAGGGUCGGAGACGAGGUGUGCGGCCUGUUCCCGGUCCGUACUCUUGAUAUCCCCUUGUCCGCGGCUCCAGGAGCCUGGCGGACCGAUGGGCGAGGAGGAAGGACCCCUCCUCCCGCCUCGCUCGGCCUCUCGCGCCUUCUGUAA